AUGGCCGAGCCCCGGCUGAAGAAGCGCCGGGGCAGCCUGCCCGUGUGCCCCGGCCACCGGCUCGCGGUUGGCAGCCGGGCGAGGCAGAACUUCCCGGCGGCGGUGGAGGAAGGCCUGUGCGGGGUCACCAGCGCCCUGCUGGAGCUCUCCUACCGCCUCCAGGCGCUGGGUGAAGUUUUUGAUCAGUCUGACGUGGCUCUACCAAACUUUUCAAAGUUUUUCCGGCACCAGGCUAAAGAAGAGAAGGAAGCUGCAGAGGCCAUGCUGAAAUACCUACAAGAGAGAGGAGGCCAUUACUGUACCAGAAUCAUCCAGAGACCAAACUGUGAACAUGUAUCCAAUGUGGUGAAGGCCCUUGAAGUAGCAUUGGUUCAAUGGAAAACAGUGACAGGAUAUUUUGAAGAGCUUUAUGCCCUGAGCAUUGAAAAUGCAGACCCUCAUAGUGCAAGUACUAUUAAGAAACAAUUUAUUGAACCCAAGAUCCGGAAGAUCAAGUUGAUGGGAGACCUCCUGACCAAUGCUCACAGGCUUGAGUGUUCCCAAGAUGGCAGAGGCAACCUUGGAGACUACCUUAUGGAACGGUUACAGGAAGAGCUAAAAACAGGCAUAGAGACAGAUUCUAGGCACCACUGCACCCCUUGUACAUCUCUUCAGCAAUGUAGAGGGACUGCAAAGGGGUUGCAAUGGCCCCCAAAAGAAUUCUCCCAGAAGAGCAGCAGCAUAGGGCCAAUGCAUGCAAACCAGUGCUGUCCCUCCUCACAGUCUCUGUGCAAGGAUAUGCCAGGGGCAAAACGGAGGCAAGAGAAGGAAUAG